UCAUCAUCAUCAUCAUCAUGGAUGGUGGCUGUGAAGCGGUACCGGAACGAGUACCUGGCAUCAGUGGCCGCCACCCUGUGCAUCUUUAUGGUCGUCUGCACCAACGCUUGGACAUCGCCGGCCCUCCCGAAACUACUCAUCGAACCGAAUCCACCGAUCUCGAUUACGGCCGACGAUGGUUCCUGGAUUAUGGCGAUCCAGGCGCUCGGUGGCAUUCCGGGCAUGCUGCUCGGUGGCCUCACCGUCGAUCGGUACGGACGCAAGUGGCCAUUCGUCUGCAGUGCCGGCCCGGUGAUUGCCGGUUGGGUGUUGAUGGCAUUGGCUCGAUCGGCCGCCUUGCUCUACGUCGCCCGCUUCCUGUUUGGUGUGUCGUACGGUGUCGCUUACGCCAUUGCGCCGAUCUACCUGGGUGAGAUAUCGUCUGCUGAGAUCCGGGGUACGGUCGGUUCUUUCAUCACGGCCAUGGCCAAGCUGGCCUUCAUGUUCGAGUACAGCGUCGGACCGUACGUUAGUUUUGAAACCCUCGCCUGGAUAUCGCUCACCGGAGUGGCCCUCUUCUUGGCCACCUUUCUCUGGAUGCCGGAAUCGCCGCACUUUCUGCUCGUCCAGGGACGUCACGCCGAGGCACGAGCCUGUCUUCGGUGGCUUCGACGAACGUCGGAUGUGGAGGAUGAGCUGGUCGCCAUCGUAAAAUCCAUCGACCGGACGGCCGCAGAUGGCCGUGGUUCGGUAAGGGACCUUUUCGUACCGGCCUACCGGCACCAUCUGGCGCUGGUGUUGAUUCUGGCGUUCGGAAUGCAGCUCACCGGCGCCCAGGCCAUUCUCGGGUACGCGCAGACCAUUUUCGGGAAGAUUUCGACCGAUCUAACGCCACCAGAAAUGUCCAUCGUGCUUGGUGCGGUCCAGCUGGUGACCGUGCUCUUUCCCAUACUGCUCGUUGACCGUCUUGGCCGUCGACCGAUCAUGCUGUGGUCAACCGGUGGCAGUGCGGUCGGGUUGCUGCUCGGUUCCGUCUACUUCACGCUCGACGUUAUCGAUGGCGUUGAGGUUGGUCCGUACGGAUGGGUUUCCUUCGUGGGGCUCUUGGUGUUUGUUGUGAUGUAUGCGUUCGGGUUGGCCACCGUUCCGUUUGCGAUACUGAGUGAAAUUUUCCCGCGUAAUAUUCGAGCCAGUGCGAACGCCCUGUACGGUGUGCUGAGUGCGAUCCUCAUCUUCGGCGUCGUGAAGCUGUUUCAAGUGGCCGCCGACGGUGUCGGGGUGUAUCUGCCGUUCUGGGUGUUCACCGGUUUUACGGCGAUAGUGUUUGUGCUCGUCUAUCUCUAUCUGCCCGAGACGAAGGGGAAGAGUUUGGACGAGGUGCAUGCGCUUAUCGCUGGACGCUCGAUGGGUGGGAAGCGGGUGGUCUGA